UGGACAUGUGACCGGCGGAGUAGUAGCCACCAGAUGUUGGCCCAAUUCGAAGUUCACUCCUACUAUCACCACCAUCACUAGUACAGCUCUGGCUUGUUUUGGGCUUUCUGACAAGCAGGAAUCUUGAGUCGGUUGAAAAGAGGCUGGUGACUCUGUGCUUUUUCCCGUUUCUUCUUGUUUCUUUCUUUCUUUCCUGGGAUGCAAUAUUAAUUUGCGCCCCCCUGCCUGGUCUCUGUGCGAGCUGAUCUUUUUUUUAUAGCCUCCUUCUUUUCUCACUGUCUUUUCUCUCUAAUCCUUUCUAAUCGGAAUCUAUUCUUAUUUCUCUCUCUCUCGUUUUCCCUUGAUCAGCCCUAUACAUGCGCUCCUCAUCCUCUCGUUCCCAGCGUCCGCAUCCCACCGGAAGUCCUGGCCCAUCACGAAGCCCGCCUCCCCAACACUUUUCGACCGGUUCGGGGAGCAGUGUCGAGACGGCCAUGACGUCCCAGUCCUCCGCGCCUCGCAGUUCGUCGUCGAGUUCAUCCAGAUCCCAACAGUCGAGAACCGUCGUGCCCGAUAAGCAGAUUUCCCAAAUCGAAAAAAGCGUGACCCAUCUUCUCGUUGCAACCAAGCAGUUACUGGAAACACUCACACAAUGGUCCCGGAGACAAGCCUCGGAGAACGAAGUUUCCGACGUCUACGUACGUCUGGGAUACGAGUUCAACCUGGCAUGUCGUGCGUUCAAUGCGAUCGGCGUCGAUACAUCUGAUCUAGGCCCCGUGCCAGACCUGCUCCGUACCAUACUCGAAGAUACCCUCAGUCAGGAUGCGUCGCCACAGAGCCUCGAUCGUUAUCUUCCACGGAUUCGGGAUAUCAUCAUAAAUCUACUGCAUGGGUUGAAAAAGAAACAAGCUCGUUUACGAUCGCGGCAGCAAAGAGAUGACAGUAGGUCAUCUUCAGGACGGCAAGGCAGUUCGACUGGGCAGACGGCUGUUAUGAAUCAGGCGUAUGAGGAAGCCACAACGACCGCCACCUCCCCCAGAUCAAGAACUGGACGUCGUCAUGGAAGCAAUGGUUCUGCCGAAGACCCGUCUACCAUGCCCCGAACGAGUUCAGCUGGGUACGGCGAAUUGCGAGGGACAAACUAUUCCGAACGGGAAGCCUCCAGACAGGAGGCCCAGCACAUCCUGUCCCAAUCAUCGGCUCCGGACGAUGUGAUUCCCAAGCAAGUCACUCCGGCUCCGUCGUCCCAAGCCUCCUCUCCCUACCCAGCUCCACCUCCGACACCGAAACAAGAUGACGCUCUGGGAGCUCUUCAACGAAGUGGCGAGUUGGAACGGCGUGCAUCCCGGCGGUUUUCUGCAUAUCAAAUUCAAAAGCACCUGGGUACGUCUUCCAAUGGAGUGCCUAUGCUUCCGACCCAAACGACACCUAUUCCGAACCGAGGCCGUGAUGUCCGUGAGUCCUUGAACGCUGUGCGGUUACGAGGAUCAACCGCCCAUGGAAGACAAAAGUCAUCAAAUCGCCUGCAAGAUCCAUCUUCUGCCAAGAGUACUCCGUCGGAAUCACCAGCAACCAGUACUCCUGCGGCUGAGGAUGAGCACAACAAACCCCGGGCAGAGCCCUCUCCCGAUCCAGCGACCGCCAGGACCAAGACUCCGGAUGGCAAGAAGAGCCCUACACCUGAACCUGAUACGUUGGACAAGCCCACAGUUGCAGAACCCUCUCUGGAAUUUCCACGUCCUCCAGAGCCUUCUCUUGGCGAGGCGUUUGAACCUACGAAAGAUUCUAGUGCUGAGUCGGUGGCUGCUCCGGGGACACCGACGUCGGAUCAACGACGGCCUUCGACGGAUGUUUCCACGCCGCCUCGCGGUGCUCAAUAUGUUUCUGACCAGCCGUCUCCCGGAAAGGAACUGACCCUCUUCUUACAGUACAAGAGCAAGAUUAAGAAGUAUGUCUUGCCAGAAGGUCCCAGUGGUCUCACAAUUGGAAGACUUCAGCUGGCUUUUAUUGAGAAGUUUGCCUGGAACACGCACAACAAUGGAGUGGACCUUCCAGAAAUUUACAUUCAAGAUCCAGUCUCAGGUGUCCGGCAUGAAUUGGAAGACCUGGUGGAUGUCAAGGAUCGAUCGGUGCUGGUGUUGAACGUGGACACGCUUGAUGAAGUCCGAAGGCACUUUGACGAUGGCCUCGGUGGUGUCCGACGCUUGGUCGAAGGCAUCAAAGGAACUCUGGAUGGACAUGAGACUAUGAUGCAGCGUGUGUCAGACCGUCAAUUGGAGGCGGCCAAGGAGAUGGCCCGUCUGGCGGCUGCACCUCCUGUUCAGGUCUCCGGCUCCCCGAAGGCCGUUGCUGGGACUCAGAAGGGCAGUAUCUCGGCCGACAGUAGUCAGCUUGCGGAGCUUCAAAGCUUGCGCCGGGAUCUGGCCGUUCUGCGCCAAACGUACGCCGAUUUUAGCUCUGAUAUCACCAGCUCGAUGGGCUCGAUUCGCUCCAAGGCUGGCAGCGUCAAGAACGCUGCGGCAGAUGUUGCUGUUCCGUCAUUUGAGGGAGAUGCGGGUCGCUUUCGUAUCAAUUCCGGGAAGAAGGAGCUUGCUGAUGAAUCUGAGCGACUGGUGUCGCGUGUGGACGACCUUCAGGAUCUGGUCGAAGACCUCCGCAAGGAUGUCGUCACUCGCGGUGUGCGUCCGCUGCCCAGGCAGUUGGAGACUGUUAGCAAGGAUAUCGCUGCAGUUACCACGGAGAUGAAGAAGAUGCAAGAGUUCCUGAAACGCGAGAAGCCGAUCUGGACCAAGAUUUGGGAGAAGGAGCUCCAGAUGGUUUGUGAGGAGCGUGACCAGCUUACCAUGCAGGAAGAUCUCGCGGCCGACUUGCAAGAUGACCUCGAGAAGGCUUCGCAGACAUUUGCGCUGGUCGAACAGGCGACGAAACAACAGGCCAUGUCGAACGAGACUCCUAACGGGGUCACCUUGCGGCCCACAGGGCGGAACCUGGCCAUUGAUCCGGCAGCCGACCCACUCAAGGCGAAGGAUGGUGUCCUAGGCGAAGUCCGUGCCCUGCAACCGAACCACGAAUCUCGUCUCGAAGCCAUUGAACGGGCAGAAAAGGCACGACAAAAGGAACUGGAAACCCGCCGCAUCGGCAAAUUCCAGAAAGAACUGGGUGCAUUCGUCGAGCAAGGAAAGCUGAAGAAGAGCGGUGGUGUGGAGGAGACGGAGAGACUUCGUCGGGCCAAGGAUGACCGCGUGCGCAAAGAUGUCUGGGAGCGCAUACAGGCUCGAGCGGCGGAUAUGGAGAAGGCUGAGGCUGAGGCUGAAGCUGCGAAGGCUGCUGCGAAGGCAUCUGGAGAGGGCGAGGCUGAGCAGCCAGAAGAUUCGACCGAUGAUGCUGAGAAGCCUGCGGAGGAUGACAAGGAUGCUAAAGAGGGAGAAGAGGCGGACGAGAAGGCCAAGGAAUCGGACGACGAGGGCAAGAGCAAAGCCGAGACUGCGAAGGAUGACACUGCUUAAGCAUGCGCUAUCCUCGGAGUGUCUUAGGCUCGACUGGCAUUAUUUUUGAAUUGAAACCGGUGGUCUAUUAUCAUUUAGUGUGUUGACGAUACCCGCCACAAGUUGCUGUGGCCUGUUAUGUGGGAUGGAUCACCGUCCCUUUAUUUAUGUUUAUCAUUGAAAGUAUUCUAGCAUCAGAGCGUUGUUACAUUGGC